CGAUGCGGUUGCUAUUAGCACCUACCAGCGCAGACAAACGUCAUAUUUUACGUGUUAAGCGAGAGACUUGGAGCGCCGACUGGAUCAUCCCUAACAUAAAGAAGCAUAAAGAUGCUCAUGCUCGGGCAGAGGAAAUUGCACAGCAGGCGGAUAUCAUCAUUCUAUAUUUCCACGGUAUUGUUCUUUUAUAGUUCUGUUUUUAUGAUCACGAUAAUUUUGUCAAGAGCUAAUUGUGACUAAAUGAUUAUCCAGGUGGUGGAUUCCAUUUAGGUUUCUCCACUGAAUACAUGCCAAGUUUCCUGUACGUGCUUGAAUGUUUGAAAGCGAAGCAUCAAAUGAAGGGGUGCAUUUUGAGUGUAGAUUAUUCGCUUUCUCCGGAAGAGACUUACCCCACUGCUCAAGACAAUUGUGUCAAUGCUUAUCGAUAUCUUGUGCAUGACCUGGGUCUGAGUCCAUCUCGGAUUAUAGUUGCUGGAGACAGUUCGGGUGGGAAUCUCGCGGCUACGGUCCUACUGAGAAUCCGUGAUCAGCGGUCUGACCCUGUAUUGGCAACUAUACCACCUAUCCCAUUGCCAGCAGGAUGUGCAUUAAUUUCACCGUGGGUUACGAUGGAUUUGCCACAAAGGACCGAGAAAUAUUACUGCGACUAUGUGCGGAUCUCACAAAUAGACUAUUAUCGGCAAAACUACGUUCCUCGUUAUGAUUCCAUGGAAGCGAGCUAUCGCGAGGCAUUCAUUCGGCAGCCGUUUAUAUCGCCGUUGCAUGGCGACUUUGAUGAUUUCUGUCCGACCUUUGUUUCGUAUGGUGGCGGUGAGCUGUUUGAGCCUCAGAUCGCAGCUUUCAUCGACAAGUUGGAGAAGCAACAUCAUGUGUCUGUCACAGUCGUGUCGCGCCCAAAGACUGGUCAUAUUCAUAUUGUCGAGCCGCAUGUUUGUCGUAGCAAAGAGAUAUGGCGACAGGAUCUAACAAAGUUUGUCGAUUGGUGUGCAAGCACCGGUGGACAUUGACGUUUUUAAUAGUUAUAGCUACUCAGUUUUCUUAUAUCGACUACUAUAUCAUAGUUGUGUAUACACAUUCAAUAGCAGACCUACUUUUUCUUUUCCUUUAUCCAUUCAACACCAUAUCCCUCAUCCUCUUCACACUCGUUUCUAAAUGAACCGGCACUCCAAAACAUUCGCAAUACGCAAGCAAAAAUAAAGGUGAUGAUUAUUGGCUCAUGUACACGAGAAAAAAGGAGGUAAGUAAUUCCAGGUGGAAAAAACGGGCUUCGGGGGUUUUUUAGCUAUAU